GCGCCCCAGAGCGGGAGUUCCCAAGCAGGGUCUCUGGGAGACACGGCCGCUCGGGCCGACAGCGCCCCCCUGCCCUUCUCCCUGCAGGUCUGAGUCCGGGGCUGCUGUGCAGAGUGUGUGGGGACAGCAGCAGUGGGAAGCACUACGGCAUCUACGCCUGCAACGGCUGCAGCGGCUUCUUCAAGCGAAGUGUGAGGAGGAAGCUCAUUUACAGAUGCCAGGCUGGGUCCGGGACAUGCCCCGUGGACAAGGCCCACCGAAACCAGUGCCAGGCCUGCCGCCUGAGGAAGUGUCUGCAGUCGGGCAUGAACAAAGAUGCCGUGCAGAACGAACGCCAGCCCCGCAGCACAGCUCAGGUCCGCCUGGACAGCAUCGAGCUGGACCCCAGCCUCAGGCCGGAGCACCUCGCCACCUCCCGCGCCGGCCCCCAGCCUGCCAGUCCUAUUGUGCUGGGCCUUCGGGGGCCCGCCUCCGCCUCCGUAGCUGCGGCCCCCGGAGCCCGCGCUCUGACGCCGCCAGGAAACCAUCGCUUCCUGGCCAGUCUCAUGACAGCUGAGACGUGUGCGAAGCUGGAACCAGAGGACGUUGAUGAGAAUGUGGAUGUCACAAGCAAUGAGCCAGAACGCCCCUUGGCUGAUGACCAGCAGGGCUCAUAUCCUUCUAGCAGCCCGGAGAGUAUCUAUGAGACGUCCGCUCGCCUGCUCUUCAUGGCUGUGAAGUGGGCGAAGAACCUCCCCGUAUUCUCUAACCUGCCCUUCAGAGACCAGGAUCUAUUUGAAUCCGGACUUCAUCAUCCCCUAAGCUUGCUGUUACCUGUUAUUUUGCUGGAGGAGGCCUGGAGUGAGCUGUUCCUUCUGUGUGCCAUCCAAUGGUCUUUGCCCUUGGAGAGCUGCCCACUGCUGUCUGUGCCAGACCCCACCCCUGGCAUUCAGGGAAAGCUCAUGAGCGCUCCAAUGGAGACUCAGAUUCUUCAGGAAACCAUCGCUCGGUUUAAGUCACUCACAGUGGACCCCACUGAGUUUGCCUGCAUGAAGGCUCUCGUCCUCUUCAAACCAGAGACUCGGGGCCUGAAGGAUCCUGAGCAGGUGGAGAAUUUGCAGGACCAGUCUCAAGUGAUGCUGGGUCAGCACAACAAGAUGCAUUAUCCCAGCCAACCUGUGAGGUUUGGGAAACUUCUUUUGCUUCUACCCUCUCUGAGAUUUAUUUCUUCUGACCGCAUUGAGCUCCUCUUUUUUCGUAGAACCAUAGGAAACACCCCCAUGGAAAAACUCCUUUGUGACAUGUUCAAAAACUGACGUAAUCAUGUUGCCGCUUUCCCUCCUGCUGCACCAACGUGGACCAGUUGGGAAGCCAAUCUACAAGAAACCUUAGAUUCAGGACUUCUGCUUUCCAUUCCAACAAGGCAAAGGUUGAUCCAACUGAAUUCCCUUUCCAAUAUAAAUCAGCAUUACCAAAUCUUUGUUAAAAGACAUCUGUGAGGUCCCAUGAAAACAAGCAUUUAAAAAUACACAGGAACAACCUUGUUUUACUAAAAUGAGCUGGAGUGAUAAUAAAAGGUAAUUUUUUUUUUUUGUCUCUGAAGAGGAAGCAGUGCCUAAGGUCAAUCAAAAUAUUGUGAGAAAUCCAUUAAUGACAACAGUGUUUAGUUAGACACCCCUUUCUAGGCCUGGUGAAUUUUGUAGAGGUGGUGGUCUGAAGAAAGAUGGGCUCACAACCCAUUAUGUUCUAAUGGGUUGCGAAAGAAUAGAAAGGACUACCUGAAGAGGUACCCCGUGAAAUACUUGGUGGCUGGAUAUUUGAAUGAAGUAUAAUUGAAGAAUACAGACUCACCUCUUUAAAUCCAAACAGCUUUACAUUUGAUAUUCCAACUUAAUUCAAUUUAUUCAGUUUCUCUAGUGGAAUUAAUGACCUGUGCUAAACUCAAUUUUUCAAUAUCUCAUCCCUAGUAUUAUAGUUCCCAUUGGAACGCUUAGAAAAUAACUUUCAGCACAGAGCACAGCUUAAAUUUGGUGAGUUGGACACUCGCAAUAUAUGAGAGCUGUUUUGAAAAUAAGGCUUUAAUCCUAACAGAGACUAAUAAGCUAAUAAGUCAGACCUCAGAUUGCUGGCUGUGAUCUGCAGCAAUGAUAACUUACGGACUGAAAAAGCUUCAUUUGUUUUACUGAGGAGGAGUCUAUCAGAACAUUGUCUCUCGGUGGGAUUAUAGAAGCUUAAUCCAAGGUAUGACUUUUUCUCCUCCAUAUACACUAUCAUUUAUUUUGGUCCCUUUUUAGAGAUGGGCUUCCAAACCCAACUUUCCACCCAGGAAAGCUGGUGUAUUGUAGACUUGGUACCAUAAUACGGUAAAUAAAGAGUAAGCUUUUGGACAAA